AUGUCGAAGAUCACAGUCGCCGGAGUGCGCGAGAAUGUCGAGCAGCUGCUCAACUACUCCCUGAACGAGAAGAAGCGCAACUUCCUCGAGACCGUUGAGCUUCAGAUCGGUCUGAAGAACUAUGACCCCCAGCGUGACAAGCGUUUCUCGGGUACCAUCCGCCUGCCCAGCGUUCCCCGCCCUGGUAUGGCUCUUUGCGUUCUCGGUGACCAGCACGAUCUCGACCGUGCUAAGCACCACGGCAUCGAUGCCAUGUCGGCCGACGACCUGAAGAAGCUGAACAAGAACAAGAAGCUCAUCAAGAAGCUUGCUCGCAAGUACGAUGCCUUCCUGGCUUCCGACGGUCUGAUCAAGCAGAUCCCCCGUCUCUUGGGUCCCGGUCUGUCCAAGGCUGGCAAGUUCCCCACCCCCAUCUCCCACAGCGAGGACAUGCAGGUCAAGACCACCGAGGUCAAGUCCACCAUCAAGUUCCAGCUUAAGAAGGUGCUCUGCCUUGGUGUUGCCGUUGGCAACGUCGCCAUGACCCAGGAGGAGCUGGUCGCCAACCUCAUGCUGGCCAUCAACUACCUGGUCUCCCUGCUGAAGAAGGGCUGGCAGAACGUUGGCAGCCUUGUCAUCAAGGCUUCCAUGUCUCCUCCCCGCCGCCUGUACUAG